AUGCGAGCCGCGCUUGUCGAGGAUGGCAACCUCAACUGCCUUGGCCUGAUCUCCGAGAAGAGGAAGUCUCGAAACAAAACCUUGGCUUCCUGGGUCCCUGACUUCGAACUCCACUCCGAGCCAUUCAGGGACUACAUAACUUCGCUGUCCAAAGUUCUCAACAAAUGGUCGAUCUACAAGGCAUUUCUGAGCCCGAAAAGGUCUCCUCCGGACAUAGCAACAGAUAAGGAUGACAGCGUGUUAAUACUCAAAGGCAUUUGCCUUGAUUCUGUCUCUAUCGUCGGAACUCAGGCCCCGGGCCCUGAUUUUGAGAAUGUAGGCGAGACAGACCCUGAACACUGGAGGAAAUCGAUGAGAGACACGCUGAACCAUUGGAGAUCCUUACUUUCACCUGAUGAUAGCUAUGUGACAGGCGAAACUCAGGCUAUAGCCUUCUGGAGAACAGUUCUGGUUGACUUAAACCAAGGCCGACUAGCCUCAAAGAAAGGCGGCAGGCCUAAAAGACUGGACAAGAACGAUCUGCAGGAUCUGUUGCAACUCGAAACUCCAGAGGGAACGGAAUGCUUGCUAAGCACAUGGGAGUCAUGCCUUCUGCCUAUAUACCGGCAACUUCGAUUGAUUGAGCAAUUUAAUCGGCGUUUUUUCAGGACAGAAAAGGGUUAUAUGGGACUAGUUCCGCCAGAUAUCCAGCCCGGUGACGCCAUUUGCCUCCUGUUGGGCGGAUCCGUGGCUUAUGCGUUGAGGAGGAGUGCGCAUGAGACCUGGAUCUACAUUGGCGAAUGCUACGUACAUGGGAUCAUGGACGGAGAGGCCGCUGCGAAAGCACUCGAAGAGAAGAUCGACUUCGCUGAGUAUCGCAUUGUCUGA